UCAUUCCUACCUGUGCCCCUAUGCACCCACCAAACACUACGAAGCAGAGAAGGCGAAUAAUCUGACGAGUAACGCGCGUUUCGCAACAGUCAAAGCAAACCAUAACGCACGCUAGCUCAUUGUCGGUCAAAGUGUUAUUUGUGUUUACAUUUUUGUCUUGCAUCAAAUUUUAAAUCUACUAAGUAAUGUUUAAAGACAAUAAACUAAUGAGUAUGUUCGUACACUUUUACGCGACAAUUUGUUAUCAAGCGCAUGCGCCUUGCCUACUUCCGAGUCAUCAUGGCGGCUCGGCAAUCACCUUCUAUUCCUGUGGGAGCGGAAGUACAGCUAACAACGUACCUAGGAGAAAUUCACCAGGGUGAAGUAACAGCCUACGAUCCUACGACUAAAUUACUAGUAGUGACCAAAUCUCCUUCAGCUGGAAAGAACCACGAAUUUCGGAUAGUUAACCUCAACUACGUGUCAGACUUCAAAAUCAUUCGUGAGGCUUCCGGUUCGCGUUCAUCCGCUCAAGACGCUUCUGUGCGUGUAGACAUUGAUGCAGCCAUAAGACGUGCGCACAGCAACGUGACUGAGAAAACAUUUAUGGCUAAUACUACACCCGAAGGACGCCGCGCGUACGACGCUGUGAGAAAGGCGUUCGAAUGCAGUUGCAGUGGUGAAGACAUCGUUGUAUUAGAAGCAAGGAUCAAACCGCCAUACACUGUAGAUAGCAUCGAAGGUCCACAGCAGACCGUAGAUUAUCUAAGAAAACUAUUGAGUCAACAGACAACAGCGGCUAAAGGCAAAUCAUGACAAAGGUCAAGACGGCACGUUUGCAGAAAUGUGUCUUCUGACUACACGGGUACAUUGUUUUCAAGAGAAAAGAGCAUGAUUUUACAGCUGGAGUAUGUGGACACCAGAUUGGUGGUUGUGGGUUGAUAUCAAAGUGUUAUUGGUAUCAAUAAGUUUAUUAUAUGAGCUGGACUCUUGCUCUAGUGGUUGAACUAGCUUUUCCAACUGAAACAUACGGAGGUGAUUAUAUAAAUGAGUGUGCUCAUUCCU